AUGCCGGACACCAAGAGGGACCCCAUGGUACCCGAGCUGGGCCUCUGGGAGCGGGCUGAUGUUCAGCUUGGUAAGAUCACCAUAGUCGCAAAUGUUCUUUAUGCUGCCAUCACUGGCGUAUUCCGGGGAAAGAGUAGUCCGAAGUUCUAUUCGAGUCAUCUACUGGCCACGGCGGUUCGGACAUUGGUCGAUCGGCUCUCAGUCCGCCAGAACCAAUACCUGAAUGCCCCGACACCAGCAACAUACAAGGCCGUGAUGGAGAAACGAGGCUUACAGCCUGAGACUGUUCCUCUACCUCACGACGCUGAGGGAUACUGGCUAGGAAACAAAGACGCAAAGAAUGUCUUGGUCUUUUUUCAUGCCAAGAUAUACCCCACGCACAACCCGGAAGCUAAUCUAGAUCCUAUUCCACCACACACAGGAGGUGGUUUCGCGCUGCCCGCUACACCCGCGCAUUUUGAAUUCUGGCUGGAUCUAUUGAAGGUCGCCAAUGAGAACGGCCAUGAUAUUGCUGUCUUCUUCCCUCGAUACACACAGAGCCCAUAUGCUACUUACCCAACCCAACUGCGUCAAGCAACCGGGGCCUUGCUCGUGGGCGGCGAUUCCGCCGGAGGUAAUUUGGCCAUGGCUAUUCUACUGCAUCUUUCUCACCCGCACCCGGAAAUCGAGCCCAUCUCACUAUCCACUCCCCUGGCCGGUGUGUUUGGCCUUGCGCCAUGGGUGAACUUCAGUACCAACUGGCCUUCCUUCAAGGACAAUGCUUACAAGGAUCUCGUCACCGAGCGGGCACUGAGCGAAUGGUCCGCGUCUUACAAUCCUGGAAAGGAACAUGAUGCUUGGAGUGAGCCUGACCGGGCUCCUGCCGAAUGGUGGGCGGAUGCGAAGACAGAGCGCAUCUUACUUCUCGCAGGAUCGGAUGAGCUUUUGCUAUCCCCUAUCGAGUCUUUUGCGAAGAAGGUUAAGUCUGUCUUCCCAAACACUACUUAUAUUGUUGGUACCGAUGAGGGUCACGACAUUAUAUUUUAUGGUAACCCCGGGCCCGAGGGGGUACAAACUGGCAACGAGCUCCGGCAGUGGCUUUUGUCUCGUCUGUAG